GUAUUUUUUAAAUUUUUUCUGUAAUUAAUUGAUGCUUUUCUGCUUUUGUAGGUGAAUAGCAUUUUCAUUUGAACCCCAUUUAAUUGUCAGGUGCCAGACAUUUCAUCGUUAUUUUACUUUUGUAACAUUGUGGAAUUGAAUUUGAAUUUGAUUCAAUACUUAGAUAACAUUUACAAAAUCUAAAAAAAAGCCAAUUGAGUUUUCGAGGAAUAUGAAUGAGAUAAUGGAAAAGCCUGAAAGUCUUUUAAGCUGAAAGCAUUUUCUAUUAAUUAUUUAUAAAUAAUCAGCAUUCCACUAUGAAAAAUAUGUGUUCAGAACUAUAACAUCAUUGAAUAUUCUUAAAUCAAACUUGAUAAAAAAUUAAACAAUAGUAUUUGUUCCUAUAUGAGACCAUACUUCAUCAGACAAUUCUGGGAACAAUUUUUUCCUCCACGGAAUUGGUACAUUAAUUCAACGGGGACUUCAAUUAAUUAACGAUUAAUUAUUUAAAAUUUUACCGUUACCAUAAUCCUAGUCACAAAGAACUAUUCAAACUUUUUGAAUUCAUAUUCGGAAGAAACUUCAUUCAUCCGCGAGAAAUAGUUCACAUGAUUAAUUUCUAUUGUCAAUGAGAUUUACGAUAAAGAAAUGUGUUAAUGAGCGAUGUUAUCAAUGCCAAACAGUCACGCCCUGUCCCAUUCCAAAAACCCCAAAAAUUUGAUCUUAUCAGUCCUUAAACUGGAGCACUUUCAUUGAAAUAUUCACAUUGGAAUUGAAUGAGGUACCGAGAAAAGAGAAAGAAGAUUUCAUUGGAGACUGAAUCACAAUCUCAUUCUCGUAACGAAUCAUCGGACACCGGAGUGUUUAUCACGAUUUUUUUUUACCAUGUUUUUUCUCAAAAGUAACAGGUGGGGAAUGAAACCACUUUCCCUUGGAUAUGGGGACGGGGCGUGAGGGAUGGCGCCUCAAGAAAAAAAAAAUGAACCAAGAGGAAAGGAGAGAGAGUAAACUUCUUCGUUCGGUGGUAAGUAUGUCGAGGUCUUUUCACGGACAGUCGUGUUGUAGUCAGGACUGUCCCUGCGACUACCAACAACUCUACGCACUUCCUAUUCGAUUUUUGCCGGCUCAACACCAAAACAAGGGGUUUAAAAGUCCGAGGGAAUACAGUUUUUUUUUACAUACCUUCGCGACUUUAAACUCCUGAUGAGACUGGAGUACUGUCGAGUGGGAAAAUAGUGGAUUUUGGCUCCUGUUGAGUUUCUCAGUUUUAUUUUCAUCGUGUGAAUACGUUGAGUGGUGAUAUUCUUCCGGAAAUUGUAAUGCUAGUGGAUAAAUAAUGCAGUUUACACUGAGGAUGUCUUCAUGGGUGCUGGGAAUUUUUGUCGCUUCUCUGUCGACACUGGGGGCUUGGUCCUAUGAGGAAUAUCCACAGUAUCUUCAUCCCCGAUAUGGAGUUCGACCCCAACAGUCGCACUACCCUUUAACAAGAAGAUGGAGUGAUUCCUGGAAUGAUGGACCCCCGAGGAGUCCCCUGUACCGACGUGACACGCAGGACCCCUCGAAGAUGCAGUACACGAGACUAGUUCGACAAUCAGAGCCCCGGUCUGACCCUCUCAUGACCAUCAGCGAGACCCUGGGGGCCCUGAACACUGUGGGAAGUUACAUAGUGAAUAUGACGAGAGGAGUUGACUCUGAGAGUCCCCCUAAGGAGUUACCCUCAGCCAUCUACACAAUCUCCAAAAAUAUUCUUGGGAGGAACGUCACCGACAGCAUCGCACCUCUGGUGCGAGGGGUAACAUUGCCCUUGAGACCCUCAGCAACGUCUGCAGCAGCUCCCGAGGCCCAGAGUACAACCACUGUGGAGACUGUGAUUAACAGGGAUAAGGAGGCGGCCUCCUCGACGUGCACCACCUCCGAGGGAACUCCGGGCAAGUGUCAGGACUUGAGUAACUGCCCUCAACUUCUUUUGGAUCUCACGAAGUUGAGGCAGUCCCUGUGCUUCAAGAGCUUAUUUGUACCGGGGGUCUGUUGUCCUGUUGAUAAAGGGGAUGGAUCCAAUGUGAGCCCAGGGACGGGUUCAUCGGUCAGUGAAAGUGGACGCCCGCCGAGGCCUCAGCGUCCAGCUAAGCCGGUGACACCGCGGCCAAUUCCUCUCUAUCCGAUAGCCACUUCCACCGUCAGCACCGUGCUCAAGCCACUUCCGGUAGGAAAUGGUUCGAAUGGACUGGACGGGGUCGAUAGUAUCGAGAAUAAUUUUAUUCAGGACGACGAAGAAUGUGGAGUCAGGAAUGCUGGAAAAUUUCGAGUUGUUGGAGGCGAGGAGGCACUGCCAGGACGUUGGCCCUGGAUGGCAGCGAUUUUUCUCAGAGGAACAAGGAAAACUGAAUUCUGGUGCGGAGGGUCUCUCAUAGGACCUCGCCAUAUUCUUACAGCUGCACAUUGCACCAGAGACAUGCGACAAAGACCCUUUGCAGCCCGUCAAUUUACAGUACGUCUCGGUGAUAUUGACCUUGAACGUGACGAUGAGCCAUCAUCCCCGGAGACAUAUGAAGUGAGGGCAGUUCACGCGCACAAUAAAUUCUCACGAGUUGGUUACUACAACGACAUUGCUAUACUGGAAUUGAGUAGAUCCGUGAGAAAAACCCCUUACGUCAGACCAAUUUGCCUGCCUCAGGGUCGUUAUCUCUCCGAAGUUUUUGCUGGUACAAGACCUACAGUCGUCGGCUGGGGAACGACUUACUACGGGGGAAAGGAGAGCACUGUGCAGAGGCAGGCGGUACUCCCGGUCUGGAGGAACGAGGACUGCAACGCAGCAUACUUUCAGCCCAUAACUGGUAAUUUUUUGUGCGCUGGAUACAGCCAGGGUGGCAAGGACGCGUGCCAGGGUGACUCCGGGGGUCCACUUAUGCUGCGGGCAGAGGGCAAGUGGAUGCAGAUUGGUAUCGUAUCGUUUGGAAAUAAAUGUGGAGAGCCUGGAUACCCGGGUGUCUAUACCAGAGUCACAUCGUACGCCGACUGGAUCAAAACUAAUGUGAACUGAUUGUUUUUUUAAUUCAUUUUUCGAAUUUAUUCAGCUCUUCCUGACGAUUUUAUUCACUUUCAAUUGAUGAAAACCUCUUCUCGGAUAAUUCUUCCACCAGGUCCCUCAGUAAUUGUUAAUCAAUGAACAAUUUAACGAAUGAUAAACUAUUAUUUUAGUCAAUAAUUAAUUGUUGAACAGAACUUCAUGUUUAAAAUUAUAAAACUGAUUUGAAUGUUUCUAUCAGUCACUUUGUGCGUUCAUUUGAUGAAAACUAUUGUAAAUUAAUUUUAUUAAUUAACUUGUGGAACGUUUCCCGCUCUCUUUGUCAACAUUAUUAUCUUCAACUGACCAAAAACUAUUCAAGUUUUUAAUUUGUUCUUCCAUUGAGUUCAUUAAUGAUUCCAGAGUAGUAAAAAUGGUCGAUUAAUGGGGAAUUUCACGAAGGAAGAAUUAUUAUUUAUGUCGAUAAUUUAUUUGAAAGGAUUAAACUUCAUACUUCAUUUGAAUGUUGAGAAAUUCCCGACCUGUUGGGAAAAAACUUCAUUUAGAAUUCUUAAAUUGGCUUGAAUUUCUUGAAAACCUGGAAAGAGAUCCAAGAAUGGCAUUUGUUCGCGAAUGAGUAUAACAUUUAGAUUUCUCCAGUCUCUGAAACAGGGACACGAUUCAAUGCAUUAUAUUCCUGCCCAUGGGCUACUUAAGUGGAACAGAGCAGAUCCAUUGUGAGAAUUGAAUUGUUCUUCGCUCGAGUUGUUUUUUAAUACAAAAAUUAGGGGAGUGGGAACUAUUCUGAUUCUGCCCUGCAUCGCUCGAUCUAGUGUUUCAAGCAAUUGAGAACGUGAGUUUUUACUUUCUGUACAUAAUAUUUGCACAUUCCAAGCAGUUAUGGCCGAGUAUAUUAUAUUAAUAAGUUAUUUAAUGUAUUAUAAUGUGAAAUCUGUACAUUGUGUGAUAUCAAUAAAAUUUGUGGAGUUAGAAACAA